UUCUCCACAAUCGUCACAACUGUUUACACCUGUCCUGAUGGCAGCUGUCAAACCAUUCAAAACACUUUCUUCCCAAAUGUCAACCGUAGACUGGAACUUUUGACAUUUAAAUACCUAAAUCAGUCCAUAAUGAUUUCCUAGGUAGUUUCUGCUUAAUUUUUCUAUCGAUUCAACACUGCGUGAAAUAGGUGAAAUGGUCGAUAUAAACGCGCUGCCGGACGAAGUUCUAGAAUUCAUUUUAAGCUACCUUCCGCCAUAUCGAGAUCUCGAGAAAUGUGAAAUUGUGUGCAAGCGAUGGCGAGCUAUAGUGAGAAAUGUUCGUCGGCGUGCGAAGAUGAAUCUCAACAGAGGUCUAGUGGAUUUUCAUCUUUGCUGGAGAUCAUUGCACCCCGUAGACAUGGUGCCUAUGAUUGCUGGGCGCUUUUCACAUUCGGCUGUCGUCCAUGAGAAUUCGAUGUACAUUUUCGGCGGUGGAUCGUCGGCCGACACAACUUUCAACGACUUGUGGCGGUUUGAUUUGUCGGAACGCAAAUGGGUUCGUCCACUGUCGAUGGGCAACUACCCGUCCCCGAAAGCAUCCGCGACGAUGGUCUGCUACGGCGACCAAUUAAUUCUCUUUGGAGGAUGGCGGUACCCAUCGCUCUAUCCUCCGUAUCAGCCAUGGCGUCUUUUCGACGAACUUCACAUGUACAGUAUAAAAGACAAUCGGUGGACGGUUCACACACCUGCUUGUGGCCCACCCCCGAUGGCGGGACACUCGGCCACGAUUCAAGGCAAUAAAAUGGUUGUUUUCGGGGGGUACCAGUUAAACAACGAAGUCAAUUCCAAUUCGAACGAUAUUUGGUGCUUGAAUUUAGACACGCUGGUAUGGUAUCAGCCCGAGGUGGCUGGGGUGAAGCCUCCAGCGCGUUAUGCGCAAUUCCAAAUCGUGCUAGAUGACGACCACAUUUUGGUGAUCGGUGGCUGUGGCGGUCCGAAUAAUAUGUUCAGUGACGCUUGGCUUCUGAAUAUGAAGAACGAGGUGUGGCAAUGGCGAAAUGUUCCGAUCAAAAACCGGAAAUGGGCUGCGACUCACAUGUGGUGUAAUCCUGCCUGUCGGGUUGGUUCAAAGCUUGUAGUUUUAGGCCCGACACCAAGCCGUCCGCUAGACUUCCAGAUUCUUAAGCAGCAAAUGCCUCAAGUGUCGAAUCGUGUGCGGCAUGAAGCACCGUUGUUGCGGGAUGACAACGCUCCAUGGAACCGGAAUCGGGUGCAAAACGAGGACGGGCUGAGAAAUCCCCGCCAGGAAUUGAACGUAAAUGCUCGAGAUGCACCAAACCGACAAGCGGGCAACGGCAAUGAUUUGGUGAAUAGGCACAACAAUCUUGUAAAUAAUAAUCAACGAAAUGCGAAUGUACCAAAUGAUAAUCAGAAUAACGCAAACAUUGAGGACGAGGCUAUAAACCGACUGCAACGGAAUCUGGCAUUGAGGUAUCGAGAAAGUGAUCCGAAAAUGCCGAAGCGAUUUGAUGAAAGGCAUGAGGAUCGUUUUCGCAUGGCCGCUUUCAAUGUUCCGGAUAACGCACAAAACGCUUCAUCACGCGAACGCCAACAAGAACGUGUCCGUCGCAUGGAGGAAAAAAUGAAUGCUCUACGAAAUCUACGACGGAAUAAUGGCGAACAAAAAACUGAGGAGCCGACACGUAAACGUGCCAAACGGAAUUGUCUAGCCAUGUUUGUAUGCGACAUUUCAAAUGUUUUAUCGGGAGACUGCUGCAUUGAAUGGAUAGAAUAUAAAAAUUAUGGAAUUGUUGCAGGCGCCCCGGAGCGUCUGAUUCUUUCGUCAAUAGUUGCAGGCAAUGGCGAGCUUAUUAUGUUUGGCGGUGUAAAUAAAGAAUCGUUAACUGAGAUGGUACCACAAGUAUCGAAUGCUGUCCACUUUUUGACUGCCCCGCGCACUAUUAUUUAAUACGCUGACUUAUGCAAAAAUAGACAAACGUGCGAAUUAUUAGCCUAAGAAGUAGGAAUUCGUUUUCCGGCGUUUUUUUUUUUAAUUUCUGGUUAAUUACUAACUAAUAUAGAUUUUAUUUUCAAUGAAACAAUGUUUUGGAUCUAGUUUGCGAACCUGAUACCAAUAGUUCUAGGAAGUUUCAAGCUAAUUUCGAAAGAGAUGCUAUGCAGAAAGCGACUUCAUGAAGUCUGGAUGGUUAUUUUGUUCCGAAUACGCUUAAGAUAAAAAUUUUGUGUUUAAAUAAAUCGAAAAGGUCGUUGAUCUCUAUUUAAUGCAAA